GGAGGGGAGAAAUGGGCUUGGUGGGCCCUUGGACCGCCUCGGUGGCCUUUCUCGGGAAACUUCCACCCCCGCCUAAUGCUGGAAUAUUUAUUGUGAUUAUUGUGUCCCUUCUCCAUUGUUAUUAUAAGAGAGUGGAGAGGCCACUUCUAGACUAGGAAGAACCACUUCUAGACUAGGAAGAAGACCCAACCACACCUGGAGACUCUGGAGAUUCAACUGAAUGCAAUGACUAGAUAGGAGCCUACUUGCAUCUAUAGAAUUCUCUGGAAAAAAGGUACUACGAUUUUAUGAAGUUUACUCAGAUUUUGUAGCCCUAAAGCUUCAAAAUGGCAUCCAGUUCUAAGUCUGCUUUUACUAGUGAUGAUAAUAUUGCUAAAUAUGUCAAUUCUUGCUGUGAAGAUGACGAUUUUGUGGAAGAUAUUGGAGAAGGGUGUCCCUCUGGAAGUGAUCAAGAAUGUCCCAUCAAAUCAGAAUUGGAAAGUGAUUGCAGUGACGUGUUUGUCCCUCUGAAACGUAAACGAGUCCCAGUAAUAAUUGAAAGUUCAGACAGUUACAGCACAUGUGAAAACGUUGAAGAUUUACACAAUUCUAGUUUUCCUGUGUUUAUUGAAACACAACCUGGCCAAGAUUUAUAUGUGCAGUCUAGUCUUUCUUUCCUAGAAUCACCGGGUCCGAAGCAUGCUCCUCCCCAGGAUGCCAAACCUAUUAUUUUGACAUGUUUUUCACUUUGGCUUUGUGGAAUCUAAUGGUGGCUGAAACUAAUAGGUAUGGAAAUCAGUUUUUGCGUUCUCAGGAGCAAAUAUCACCCAAUUUUAGAGUCAGACAAUGGAGGCCUGUAAACGUCCUUGAAAUGAAAGCAUUUGUGGCUGUGCUGUUGGAAAUGGGAAUUACACGAAGGCCUACCAUAUUCUCAUACUGGGAUAGGAAUAGUAGAGCCAUUCCAUGGUUUGGGAACAUGUUCUCAAGAAAUAGAUUUCAACUGAUAUUAAAACUUUUUCAUCUUGUUAACAAUGAAAAACUGUUUCCACCAGGUCAUCAGAAUUAUGACCCCUGCUCUAAAUUUAUCCCCCUUGUUGAGCAUGCAAAUAGGUUGUUCAGAUUUCAUUACACACCCCACCAGCACUUAUCCAUUGAUGAGUCCCUAAUACAGUAUCUUCGAAAUAAGAAGCACCACAAGUGGGGAAUAAAGUGUUGGAUGUUGUGUGACUCUGUUGUACAUUACUGUUUAGGUUUUUUCUGCUACGAAGGUGCAAAAUGUGAAGAAAAGGCUGAGAUCAAAAAGAAAGGCCUUGGUCAUGUAGUAGUGACCAAGUUGCUCCAGCUUGGGAACUACCUAAGUAAGGGAUAUCAUGUAGUGAUUGACAACUUCUUUACCAGUAUUGCUCUAGCAAAGUAUCUGUUUGAAAAUGCAACUUACCUCACUGGAACAAUAAGAUCUAACAGGAGGGGCCUGCCAAAGGAUAUUACAGCAGAUUAUGAUAUAGGGCAGGUCAAAUAUUUCCGCAGUGAUGAGAUUCUUUUGUGUGGAUUUAGAAAAAAUCUAAAAAGAAACUGGUGUUGCUUCUUUCAACCCAUGCCGUUGUUGAGAAUGAAACAUUGCAUAGAAGACGAUAUUCCCAAGAAAGAGAAAUAUCCAAACCAGCAAUAAUAAACCAGUACAACAAAUUCAUGGGAGGAGUAGAUGUAUCAGAUAUGAUGCUUUACACCUACCUAGAUGAAAGAAGAACUUUGAAGUACUGGAAAAAGGUGGUUUUCAGUAUCUUUGCUAGGAUGGUGUUAAAUUCUUAUCUAAUAUACAAAGAGAACACGUCAGGCAGAAUUAUGUCCCGUAUCCAGUUCACUUCAUCCAUUAUACAGGCAAUUGAGGAAGAAUGGCUGGCAGAAAAGAGUAAUAACUCAAUCUCAUCAGUACCAAUGAAACAAGCGAUGAUGCAUUAUUGCGAAAAUUGCCUGGCAGAAAUCUAAGAAGGUGUGUAGUAUGCAGCAACAAAGAUGGAGGACCUGUAAAACGAUCCAACACCAUGUGUGCUAAGUGUGGGAAAGGGCUUCAUGGACUAUGUGUAGGAAAGCACAGCUGUUAGUGAUUCCAGAAAGUCUCCCUACUCAAAGUAUUUUUUUGUAAAAAGAUUGAAAUUUUUGUUCUGCAAUUAUUUAUG